GCCCCGAUCGGCUGUCACGCCUAUCUCGCGCAGCUACGGCGGAGAAGGCAUCGCUCGCUCUCUCUCGCGCUCCAACAGGGCGGGAACGCCGCCGCCAAACAUCAACGCAUCAAUAAACGGACGAGAUCGGACAAGCGCGACAUUAGAUUUUACCCUACGAAGGAAAUUAGCGAGGGCUUUAUAUCUGUCCUCUGCAAAAGGCCUCUGCAUCUGUUGUUAGCCUUGAUGUGGGUUUCUCAAGCUCGUCGCUGUCCUCCACUACCACAGACGCGUCGUUGUCUUUUUCUACUGUUUUUUUCCCUUGAACGUCUCACCAGCAUCAGGGGGAAUUCAGCGCCCGAUUCCACCAUCUGCAUCGCGUUCUGGUAGUGUGCGUGAUUUCCACCCUUCAGGACAAUACAUGAAGAUCCCGGUGGCAGACGCAGGAACUAUCUGGAUUCCUGGUUUUGGUGUGUGUGAAAAUAUUACAUUUUAUGCGUAAGAUACGCUGAGCGCCUUUCCCGCGUCUGUUUGUCUGUGGGCUUUAGCCAAAGACGUGAAAGGUGCAUGGUCGAUUUAACCUACAGUAUAGCAACAAGCUGUAUGGUUUAUGGUUGUCUUAGGCAUGCUGUAGAUUCGCAUUUUAUGGGUAUCGUUUAGAGGUGGUCAUUUUAUACUUAACUUCAUUAUACUUAUAAGGAUGGGCCUGAUCACAAGGCUUUUAAUACAGGGGUGUUGACGCGGCCGCUCUGAAGGAGAAAAAAGACUGCAUGGUCAUUUCACCGUAUAUCCAACCUUCCUUUGGUUCCGUUUUGGAUAUUUUUUUUUAACCGGCUGUGAAACGCAGGACUUCAGAUUUGUUUUAUUAUUAUUAUUAUCAAUCGACCGACGUCGAUGUACAGACGGACCCAACGCUAAACAGUGGGACUGUGGGUGUUUUUGGGGCGCGUGGAAAUGGACGUUGAGCGGCGCCUCCGGUGAAUCCACGGUGGGGAGGGGGUCCUUUUUUCCUCGUUAUUAUAUUCACACCCUUGGCGCGCCCCCAUUUUUUCACAGAAAGCACAAAUACGUCCCUUGUCACGUUUCUGCCCACCUCGUUUUGUUUCAACUGUAGUAGGCUUUUUCCUCUCCUCUCAAAACAAUACCAGACGUGCAUAUUUACGCGACAUUUCCCCCUACGCUAAAGCCUCGAAGCUCAACAGUUCGCCUGUUUGCGGGAGGUGGAGAUGUCAUUUUCUGUAGAGCCGAGCCUAGCCGACCACCAGAAACCAACGAAAAGCGGUAGUCUCGCUGCCAUGCUUGGUGAAAUUUUCACCCGGAGCCGUGUUGCAACCGAGGUAAUUGCCUGGCUGAGGGGGAAUUUAAAAUCCUAACAUUAGCCACGCAACACGGACUACGGAGCAAGGAAGGACACAUCGCAGUCAAGCUUAUUAACGGGAUCGAUUCUAAAUAACAGUAUUUGCCUGUUCGUCGCUGGAAUUUCAGUUUGUACUGUGUGGGCCCAAUGUUAUGCGAAGACCAGUAUACAAUGUGGAAUAUUCUAACGUAACCAGCGCUAGUUCUUUUUUUCGUUUCCCUCAGCCUGUUUUUCCCCUCCCUUAUAUAUUCGUUGCCGUUUUCACGUGCUGACUCGCGGGGGCCCGCCUGGAAGAUGGCUGCUUAUUAAUUUUUAAUCUUUAUGCAUCCGUGCAAAGCGAAGAGGGAGACGAACGAGAGCAAAACAGCGGACACACGUCGGGAGGGGACGCGAAGGAGAGGAAGAGAAGGAGAGGGAGAUGAUGAAGUGAACUGGCGCGCGUGAACGCGGCCGGACGCAAGGGGAUUCUACGGGAAGGUUUUUGAGUCUUUUGUCGCUGCAAGAGGAGGGUCUCCUUCUUGUAGUCCCGCCCAUUGACCCCGCCCACACCCACCUAUCACCAUGGCGCUGUCGCUAUGGUUGCUGUGGGUGUGUCUCGCCACCCUGCACAGCGUCGGUCCAUCAGAACAAGGCAUGAGCCGUGCGGCGAUGCCCUUUGGUCUGAUGCGGCGGGAGCUGGCGUGCGAGGGCUACCCCAUCGAGCUGCGCUGCCCGGGGAGUGACGUCAUCAUGAUCGAGCAGGCCAACUACGGCCGCACCGACGACAAGAUCUGUGACGCCGAUCCCUUCCAGAUGGAGAACGUGCAGUGCUACCUGCCCGACGCUUUCAAGAUCAUGUCACAGAGGUGUAAUAACAGGACCCAGUGUGUAGUGGUGGCGGGGGCCGACGUGUUCCCAGAUCCCUGCCCAGGCACCUACAAAUACCUGGAGAUCCAGUAUGAGUGUGUCCCUUACAAAGUGGAUCAAAAAGUAUUCGUCUGUCCCGGCACGUUGUUGCGGGUUCAGGAGGCUAAAGAGGUGAAGGAGGCGGAGCAUCAGUCGGGGGCGUGGUGUAAAGACCCGCUGCAGGCGGGUGAUAGGCUAUAUGUCAUGCCCUGGACGCCCUAUAGGACGGAUAUGCUGUAUGAGUACGCCUCCUGGGACGACUACCGCCAGAACAGCGUCACCACCACUUACAAGUUGCCUAGCCGUGUGGAUGGCACAGGCUUUGUGGUGUAUGACGGCGCCGUGUUCUACAAUAAAGAGCGCACGCGCAACAUCGUGAAGUACGAUCUGCGCACACGCAUCAAGAGCGGUGAGGCCAUCGUGACGGGUGCCAACUACCAUGACACCUCGCCCUACCGCUGGGGCGGCAAGUCCGACAUCGACCUGGCCGUGGAUGAGAACGGCCUCUGGGUAAUCUACGCCACGGAGACCAACAACGGACGACUGGUGGUCAGUCAGGUGAACCCCUACACGCUGCGCUUCGAGGGGACGUGGCAGACCACGUUCGAGAAGCGCCUGGCGUCCGAUGCCUUCGUGGCGUGUGGUAUCCUGUACGCGGUGCGCUCGGUCUACCAGGACGACGACAGUGAGGCAGGCGGCGACCUCAUCCUGUACGCGUACGACACGCGGCGUAACCAGGCCGACCCCGUGCACAUCCCCUUCCCCAACCCCUACCAGCACGUGUCGUCCGUCAGCUACAACCCGCGCGACAACCAGCUCUACGUGUGGAACAACUACCACGUGCUACGCUACCCGCUCGAGUUCGCCCCGCCACAGCCCACCACCGGUAAGACUGCCGGCCCCCAGUUCAGCAGCACCCCUCCCUCGGCCCUGUUCUCCACAUUUCUCUACUCGGGCUUCAGCCCCCCCCCCCCUCCCCCGCCCGGCCCCUCCCCCGCCCCCGGGCUCCGGUGCAGGCGUGACACCCUCCACCCGGUGGGCGCCAUCAACCGGGCGCCAGCGGCGUACCCGCCCUCGGCGGUGCGGCCCAUCACGGCCACCGUGCCCCUGCUCACCCAGCGCUUCGCCCAGCUGCUCGCAUUUGGAGUCCCUCAGCCCCUCCGCGGUCAGUCUGCCGGGAUAGAAUCACCCCUGGCGCGUGCGGUGGCCAAGCCACCCGGGGAGACUGUGGAGAGGCCCUGUCCCAAAGGGUCCCUGGGUAUCGCCUCCUAUCAGUGUCUGUCUUCUCCGGUCACAUGGAACCCCAGAGGCCCUGACCUCAGCAACUGCACCUCACCAUGGGUCAGUCAGGUGGCCCAGAAGAUAAAGAGUGGGGAGAAUGCAGCGCACAUCGCCGGCGUGCUGGUGAACCACACACAGGGCCCGAUCUACGCCGGCGAUGUCACUUCCUCUGUGCGCCUGCUGGAGCAGAUGCUGGACAUCCUGGACGCACAGCUGCAGGCCCUCCGCCCCGGCAGCAAGGAGUCAGCGGCACGCAGCUACAGCAAGCUGCAGAAGCGUGGGACCUGCAGUGUUUACUCUCAGGCGGUGGUGAAGACGGUGGAUAACCUCUUGCGUGCAGUCGACUCCUGGCAGGACAUGAACAGCACCGAGCAGUCACACACUGCCACCAUGCUACUGGAUGUCGUCGAGAAAGGAGCCUUCCUAUUGGCCAAUAAUCUCUAUGAGCCGCAGUUCAGCGACCGGGCAUCCAAUGUCGAUCUGGAGGUGUAUGUGCUGAACCCAGAGACUGAUGUGCAGGACCUCUCCUUCCCUCACUCAUAUGACAGCGACAGCACCAUCCACCUCUCCUCCAGCACCAUCAAGCAGUACAGUCGCAACGGUCAGGUGAAAGUGGUGUUUGCCAUGUUUAAGAACCUGGGCUCCUUCUUGACGACGGCAAAUGCCACGGUGAAGGCGGAGUCUCCGGCCGGUCGGCAACUGGCCGUCAACUCACACGUCAUUUCGGCCUCCAUGAACAAGGAGUCCAGCCGCGUGUUCCUGACCGAGCCUGUGGUGUUCACACUCAGACACCUGCAGCUGGAGAACCACUUCAGUCCGAACUGUUCGUUUUGGAACUACUCGGAGCGCUCGAUGACGGGCCAGUGGUCCACACAGGGCUGCAAGCUGCUGGAGACGAACAGCACACACACCACCUGCUCCUGCAGCCACCUGACCAACUUCGCCCUGCUCAUGACCCAGCAGGAGCGCAAUUUUCGGGGCCCCAUGGAGGAGCUGCUGCUGGUGGUGGUGACGUGGGUGGGCAUGGUGGUGUCGCUGGUAUGCCUGGCGCUGUGCCUGGCCACCUUCUGCCUGCUGCGCGGCCUGCAGAGCGACCGCACCACCAUCCACAAGAACCUCUGCCUCACACUCUUCAUCUCCCAGCUCCUCGUGCUCUUCGCGCGCAUGGACAAGAUGCAGUACCCUGUGCUAUGCCCGGUGCUGGCCGGCCUGCUCCACUUCUUCCUGCUGGCGGUGUUCUGCUGGCUGUGUGCAGAGGCCGUGCAGCUCUACCUGCUGCUGGUGGAGGUGUUCCAGAGCGACGUGUCCCGCCGACGCUAUUACUACCUCUGCAGCCUCACGGCCACCUCCAUCACCAAGCCUUCUGGCUUCAAGAAGGCCUGCUGGUUGCGUCUGGACAACUACUUCAUCUGGACUUUCAUUGGCCCAGUCUCUCUCAUCAUUCUGUUCAACCUGGUGGUCCUGAUGGUCACACUGCACAGGAUGAUCCGUCACUCCACCGUCCUCAAGCCAGACUCCAGCCGCUUCGACAACAUCAAGUGUUGGACGGUGAGCUCUGUAGCGCUGCUGCUGCUGGUGUCUCUGACGUGGGCCUUCGGCCUCCUCUUCCUCACUGAGAACAGCGUGGUCAUGGCUUACCUCUUCACCUCUUUCAACGCCUUGCACGGACUCUUCAUCUUCAUCUUCCACUGUGCCCUGCAGAAGAAGGUCCAUAAGGAGUACAGUAAGUGCUUGCGUCACUCCCCCUGCUGUGGCCACGCCUCCAGCUCCGCCUCCCACGGCUCACUCAAGAGCUCCGCCCAUCGGGGAAACAGCCGUUACUAUGGCGGCAGCCAAUCACGCCAUGCCCCUGCCCACAGACAGAGUCGGAUCAGGCGUAUGUGGAACGACACCGUCCGCAGACAAACCGAGUCUUCCUUCAUGGCGGCAGAUAUGAACAACACCCCCACCCUCAACAGAGGCACCAUGGGCAAUCACCUCUUGACCAAUCCGGUGCUCCAGACUCGCUCUGGCACCUCCCCUUACAACACCCUAUUGGCUGAGACCUUCAACCCUCCCUCCCCCGCUGUGUUCAACCCUCCGUCACCUGCGGUGUUCAACUCCACAGGAACAUACAGAGACUCAAAGGGCACCCUCUCUCGCAGCCGUGAGUCCUGCGGCCUGGAGGGUGUGCGCCUGAAUGGCAACUACAACAACAGCUAUUCGCUGCACGGCGUGGGUGGCGGCAGCACCGACCUAUUAGGCGCCGGGUCGGGCCAAGGGGGCGUGUCCGGGGAGCACUGCUCCACCCUGCUGACACCGAGAGGCGCGGAUCACGGCGGAGCAGGUGGCGGGAUGAGGAGGAACCUAUCGGACGCCGCCGCACUGGAGAAGAUGAUCAUCUCUGAGCUGGUGCACAGCAACCUGCGCCCGUCGACCGAUCGCUACGGCACCAGCCACACAGGAGGUGGAGGAGGAGGAGGAGGAGGAGGAGGGGCAGAGCUCAGUUCAGAGUCGCGCCACCAGAGCCAGGACUUCCUGUCGUCUUCGUCGACGGUGCAACGUGAACCACCGCAGCUCCACCAGAGCCAGGACUUCCUGGCGUCGACGUCAACGGGGCAACGGGAGCCGCCCCAGCGACCUUUGCCCCGCCCCCCUCCGCCGCCCCCUCAAGACGAGGACGAGCUCCUCUACAAGGCCCUGGAGAAGCCCCGCCUCCCCGACAAGCCCCGCCUCCCAGAGAAGCCCCGCCUCCUGGAACACCACCUCACCCAAUCGGUGUUCUACCAGAGCGAGGAGGAGUCCGAGAGCCUGUCGGCCGAGCUCACCGAGAGCAUAGGCGGAGCCGGCCGGGACCGAGACUCCUCCUACCCCGACAGCAGCCCCGAGGGGCUGGUGGAGGUCAGCACAGGGUCAAGGGGAGUCGGAGGAAGUGGUGGCGUCGGCGGCCUGCCUCCCGACGAGCUCUACUUCAGCGCCAGCCGGCCAGCCCACAUCUCUGCCUUCUACCAGCCCCCGCCGCGGCGGACCAAUCAGGACGCGGGGAUGGGUCUGGAGCCCGCCCACGGCGAGACAGACGGACAGAUGCAACUGGUGACGAGCCUGUGACUAGGGCGCUGGUGACCGGGACACGGAGGGUUACGGGAGGAGGACGAACCACGACGCCGUUGCCGUGACGACGACAAUGAUGAUGAUGAUGAUGAUGAUGAAGAUUAAGAUGACACAAAAACCAUUAUCAUCUUCAUAGUUGUUGUCGUGCUGUAGAUGAAAAUGAUCAUAACAAUGAUGAAGUUGUAGUAUUGAUGAUGAUGACGAUGAGGAUGAGGAGGAUGAAGGUGGUGGUCGUGGUGAGGGUUUGAACCUCUAAUCGUCUCCAUUACACUAGCUUCAUGUGCAACAACAUGGAUGGAUAAUAAUCAGCCUUCCUCAAAAUGUUGACAGCACCAGUGCAAUAUUUGGUCAUCACUUACUUACGAUAAAUGACUACAAUGAUUCUGACCUCACCAUAGCCAUGCAUGACGAAGAAGAAGAAGAAGAAGAAGAUGAUGAUGAUGAUGAUGAUAAUGAUGUCUUGGUGAUGGUGAGGUCAUUGUUAUGAUCAUUUCUCUGACGGUGGUCGCAGGGCAAUAACCAUUAGCACUGUUUCUAGUCAUUAUAAAGACUAAAAUGACGGUUCACCAACGAUGAUGAUAUUGAUGAUGAAAUUGAUGAUGAUGAUGAUGAUGAUGAUGGUAGUGGUGUUGCCAUGGCGUCCUCCUCCCUGCCUCUGUCUCCCGGUCGCCUCCACUCCCACCCAGCUCAUUCCACUGCCUUCAUCGCAAACACACACACUUCACUUCACCUCACACUUCACCUGCAUCUCUCCCCUUUCCCUAUCCUACAUUUGCUUUCCACUUUUUCAUUUUUUUAUUCUCUCUCUUUCUCUCUCUCUCUUUCACUCUCUCUCUAUUUUAUCUCUCUUUCAUGCCAUUCCACCCUGCUAAUUUCAUUCACAUCUCUCUCUCUCUAUCUCUCUCUCUGUGUCUCUCGCUCUCUAUCUAUCUGUCUAUCUAUCUAUCUAACUGGGUGGAGUGGUAUUGUUGUAUUGUCAGUCACUUUUAUUGAUCCUUAGUGUUUUAGUCCCCGCCCCCUUUGGAGAAUGUGAUAGGCUUUGAUGCCAGACAGACCCCCUCAAAAGCGCUUCAACAUUGCCAAAAAAUCACAUUCGCACACACACACACACACACACACACACACACACACACACACACACACACACACAUCAAACUCUUUCUACGGGAAAAAACAACACAGAGACACAGAGCGACAAGGGCCCAUCAGGCUCUGUUUCUAACAGACAAGACUGUAUCACCUGGUGAGGUGGAAGUUCAAAGGUCACGUGUCAGUGGGGUCACAGACUGACCUAAGGGCCUAAGACACUUCUGGACUUUUGGACUUCAGACACUCUUUUGGGAGAACUGGACUAUAUAGACUCUCAGUCUUUGUCUUCAUCAUAUAAUCUAUAUACAACCCCAAGGCCUCAACCAAUUCAGUCCUUUUUUGUUCCCGAGGGACAGCUAUCGGAAGGAUCUUCGGAACUGACCUUCAGAUCUCCACCUGUUGGUUUGUCGGUUGGACAGUAGGAGGACACUAGCUGUUGUCGUCGUGACAACCAGGCCUUGGAACAGAACUCUGAAACUGAAAAGUGUUUCACCCUUGCCGUUGUUUGAUCUUUGUAAAUAGAACUGAACUUAAAAAAAAAACAACUUAAAAACAUAUAAGGAUGCGAUCUUCUAUCACAAACGUUAGAAAAAAAUGAAAAUGAGGGAAAAAAAUGAAUGGUGAAAAAACCUAGUUACAAAAAAAAAACAAUGUGUGGGAGUCUGUGAAAUGGAUGACCCUGUCUUCUUUUUGACCUCUCCUUCGAUCUCUCUCCUGCUCUCUCUCUCUCUUUUCUGUUUUCAGCCUGCCUCUCUCUCCGUCACAAAAAAGAGAGGUAGAUUAAAGAAAGAGACCAGGAAAGGCGAUUGAGGAGAGAGAUUUUGUAUACAAAAUAAAAAUAGAACAAAACUCA